UUUCGGUAUCAUAAACGCCAUGGAUCUGUCGUCGAAAGAACUGGACACCAUCGCCGUCGAAAAUUUUCGACGGUACCUCCGCAUACCGUCCGUGCAUCCCGACAUCGACUACGAGCCGUGCGUCGAAUUUCUGGAGACGCAGGCGAAGGACAUCGGGCUGCAGUUCCGGGUCUUUCGGGACGUGCCGAAGAAUCCGAUGGUCGUACUGACGUGGCCGGGCAAGGAGCGGUCGCUUCCUAGCGUCAUGCUGAAUAGUCACAUGGACGUGGUGCCCGUGUUCGAGGAGAAUUGGACGCAUAGGCCGUUCGACGCCGACAUCGACGAGAAGGGGGAUAUCUACGCGCGCGGCGCUCAGGAUACGAAAUCGACGGGGAUUCAGUACCUGGAGGCGAUCAGGAGGUUGAAGAUUCAGGGCGUUCGGCCUCGGCGAACGGUUCACGUGACCUUCGUGCCAGACGAGGAACUUGGUGGAGGUGAAGGUGUCAUGAAGUACGUCGAGACUGACAACUUUAAAGGAUUGAAGGUCGGGUUCGCCAUAGACGAAGGGAGGAGCGGUAACGGCAAAACUCUUGUUGUCCAGUACGGCGAGAAGAGAAACUGGAAGUUUGCCGUUCACUGUCCGGGAAAAUCUGGACAUGGGUCGCUUCUGCUGAAGAACACUCCGGGAGAAAAACUGCGGGCCAUUCUGAAUAAGCUUUACGCAUUUCGAGCAGAGCAAAAGGCGAAGGAGGACAGAGAGAAAAGUGGAGAUCACGUGACGACCGUUAACCUUACCAUAAUGCGGGGAGGAGUUCAGGGGAACGUUAUUCCCGAGGAGUUCGUUUUGGUGUUCGACCUUCGCAUUCCGGUUGAGGAUUAUGACAGCGUUGAGGGUAGGGUGAAGGAGUGGUGCAAGAGUGCUGGGGAAGGAGUGUGGAUUGAAGAUAUCCUCAAGGACGGCGAUUCUCCUAAUACGGCGACUGAUGAGUCGAACGUAUUUUGGGUUGCCUUCAACGAGGCGUCGAAAAAAAUGGGGUACGAGAUACAGCUCAUCAUAGCUCGGGGAAAUACGGAUGGAAGAUUUCUAAGGUCCGUUGGUAUUCCCACUUUUGGUUUUGGUGCGAAACAGGAUACGCCGAUUAGAGCGCAUGCGGACGACGAGUUCCUGAACGUAGAUGUGUUCCUGCAGGGCAUCCAAAUUUACAAAGAAAUUAUUAUCGCAGUUGCGAAUGCUUAAUUAAACGCCUGACGUAGUUUUA